CUUUGGUUUUAAUUGUAACAAUUAGUAAACUGUAGAUUAAUUUGCUUUAUUUCUAUUUGCUAUUUUUGUACUUAUUGUUUUGUCGUUUAUAACUGGCAUCAUUAUAAAGAAGUGUUAAUCUGUAAUUGCUAUUGUCUGACUGGUCAUUUAAAAAGCUUUCUUUUCAUUUGAUGUUUCAUCUGGUUUGAGUUUUUCUGUUCAUCUUUGUGAUUGCCUUCAUGAUUGAUUGAUUGUUUUUUUUGUUUAUAAAAGUUAAUCAUUAUUACUGUGAUUGGUUUGAAUUUAAAUUUGGAAUCAUGGUUACUAAUAUUGAAGAUUCUGUGGUACCGGAAGAACAACCUGAUGAUUCGGUGGAAAAGGAAUCUCUAAUCGAAUAUAUUAAAGAGUGUGAAGAGAAAUUCCGAGUAAAAUCUGAAUUGAGAAGUUCAAAUGAAUGUUCAGAUUAUACUGAUACAGAAGAAAUCCUUCAGGGAUUAGAUUGUGGUGUAAAGAAAAACUGUUCAUUUGUUAAAAAGCUACGAAAUAUGACCGAAGGUCAAAAGGAAAGUCUAAUUAAAGACAUGUUAUCAUUAAACUUAUCCAAAUACAUUUCUGAAGUUGCUGGAGCUCUGGUUGAAGCCAAAUUGAAAAUGUCCGACAUCCCGAUGGCCAUUAAAAUAUGUUCACUUCUCCACCAACGAUAUCCCGAUUUCUCCUCUCAACUUCUCGACUCUUGGAACAAAAGUUUACCCAAGAAACCAAGUGACUUGGCCAAUCUAAAUCUCUCCAAGAUGAGAAUCGACAUUCGCUUCUUUGCCGAACUAAUCACUUCGGGUAUAUUCACCCUUAAAGAAGGUCUUCCCAUCCUUGGUAAUCUAUUGACCCUUUUGGUCACUAGUGACAAAGACAAUCACAACAAUAUCAACAUCAUAUUAACAUUUUGCCGUCACUGUGGUGAUGAUUAUGCUGGACUAACACCCAGAAAGAUGAGGCUAUUGUCCGAUAAAUAUGAUUUACCUUUGAUCAAAAGUGACUUUUUACCGUGUGACCGUCAAAGGGGACUGAGGAAUCUUCUUAAAGAUUAUUACAAGACUUUGGCUGUUCACAUUGUUCGUGAUCAUAAAUCGCUUCAAUCGCUGGAGAGACAAAAUCGACGGACCUUGAUAUCUAAAGGUGAAUUAAGUGAUAAACGUAAAGAGAAAUUUGAACAAGCUCAAAUUGCUUUUCAAAAACUAUUAUCAGCCAGUCAACAAUUAGCUGAUAUUCUGGAUGAAGAUUUACCCGAAUUACCUCCAGACUCUCCUGAUUCACUUGAUGACAUGGACGAGAGUAUCAUCAAUUUAGACACUACAAACAGAUUUAAAACUAGUCAAGAGUUAGAUCCUAGUGCUAUAUGGGAAGAUGAGGACACACGAAGCUUUUAUGAGGAUAUUCCUGACCUCAAAUCGUUGGUUCCGUCAAUUUUAUACAAAGAUAGUGCAAAGGACGGGAUAAAGGACAGGAAAGAUGCUCCUGUUCAGGAUAAAGUCGCCAAAGAUGAUGAAGGGAGAGUUGAAGAUUCAUCAAAUCCUGUUGUUGGUCUAAUGGAAACUGUUCUAGAAGAAAAUGAAGAAGAAAAUUUAAUUAUGGAUUCGGAAGAUGAAACUGUAUCUAAUUUCAACGAAGAGGAAGUAAACGGAGGCUUAACCGAUGAAGAUUCCAGUAAAGAUACUGGUCAAAGUGAGAAAGAUGAGAAGCAAAGUGAAGAGAUAAAAUUAACCCAACCAACUCCAGCCAAUAAAGUUGUUCUAGAGGCUUUUCUCACAUCCCUUCUCAGCUGUGUAAAUCGAGACAUGAUUGACAAAGCAGCUCUUAAUUUCUGCACAAACCUGAAUACUAAAUAUACUAGAAAAAAGUUGAUCCGAGCUCUUUUCACUGUUCCUAGAACUCGUCUCGAUCUAUUACCGUUCUAUUCUCGUCUUAUCGCUACUUUAUCUCCUGUAAUGCCUCAUGUAGCGACUGAUUUAGUUCAACUUCUCAAGCAAGAUUUCAAAUUCCAUAUACGGAAAAAGGAUCAAAUUAACAUCGAGAGUAGUAAAAAUGUCCGAUUCAUUGGAGAAUUGGUUAAGUUUAAAAUGUUUCCAAAAUCAGAAGCUCUAAUCUGCUUGAGACUUCUUUUGAAUGAUUUUGUUCACCAUCAUAUCGAAAUGGCUUGUAACCUGUUGGAAACCUGUGGUCGAUAUUUAUUCCGAUCUCUUGACUCUCAUCACCGAUGUAAAUUACUCUUGGAGCAAAUGAUGAGGAAGAAAAGUUUACUACCAUAUGAUUCUCGUUACAUAACAACGAUAGAGAAUGCAUAUUACUUUGCCAAUCCUCCUGAAACCCAAACGAUUUCUCGUUACGAAAGGCCCCCGAUGCAUGAAUAUAUUCGUAAAUUGUUAUAUAAGGAUCUGUGUCGAACAAGUAUGGACAAAGUAUUGAUUUUAAUUCGUAAAUUAGAUUGGGAUAACCCCGAGGUUGCCAGUUAUGUGAUCAAAUGUUUCAUCUCCGUUUGGAAUGUCCGGUUCUAUAAUAUCCGGUGUGUUGCUAAUCUUCUCGCUGCUCUCGUACCUUAUCAAGAUUGGGUGAUACCUCAAGUGAUUGAUGGAGUGUUGGAAGACAUUCGUCUUAUGAUGGAAAUUAACCACCCAAAGUAUAACCAAAGAAGAAUCUCCAUAAUGAGAUUUGUUGGUGAAAUGUACAAUUACCGAUUGAUCGAGUCUGCUGUUGUCUUCAAAAUUCUUUAUACUUUGGUCACUUAUGGUGUUUACUACAAUACUCCUGAAGUUUUCUCCGAUAUUGAUCCACCAGACAAUUUAUCUCGAAUCAGAUUAAUCUGUCAAGUAUUGGAAACUUGCGGACAAUAUUUCAACUCUGGCAGCUCGAAGAAGAAACUUGAUUGUUUCAUAAUUGUUUUCCAAAAAUACUAUUGGCUUAAAAAAUCUCAAGAAUUUUACAGUGAUGAGUAUCCUUUUCCAGUUAAUGUCGAAAUACUUUUCAAAGAUACUAUUCAUGCUCUUCGUCCUAAGUUCAAGUGCGCCGAAACCUUGGAAGAUGCAAACAAUGAAGUGGAGAAAAUCUUCAACGAACUGAGACCCAAACUAUGUGAACUGUUUCCCUCAUUGGAAGCUGAUUCAAAACCGACUGAAUACUUGAGUGGAGAAGAGGAUGAUAAAAGAUUGAAUUCAAUAGUGGAAGUUGAUGAAGAUCUAGAUUCAGAAUGUAAUCUCCCUGAUAUGGAUGAAAGUGAUGACGAUAACAAUUCUGAUAAUGAGCCUGAUCGAGGCUCCGGUGAUCAAGGAAUUAAAAAUCGAAGCAGCAAUUUAACUGGUACAGAUGAAGGUAGUGAUACGGAAGGAGAAAGAGAAAGGUCAGUGAUGGAUGAACGAUCAAUGCCACCAAAACUUGUUGAAUGUGAAGAAGACGAUUUGUUCCGAAAGGAGUUUGAUCGAAUAAUGUCUGAAUCAUUAAUUUCGCGAGGACAAGAAGCAGUCAGAGGAACAUUAAACGACAUUGUAAUCCCGAUGAAUAAACUUGUCGCUGCCAAGAAAUCCGUUGCCUUUUCAGGUCUUGGAACAAUCGUUUCAUCAAAGAUGGACGACGAGGGAACAUCUGAUAAAUUUGGAAAUCCUGAAACAGGAACAUUAAAUCUAAUGGUUAUGACUCGAGCCAAAGGAAACAAACCACUUUUAAAACCAGUUCAAGUUCCUAUUGACUCUGAUUUAGCUUUGAGCUUGAAACAAAAAGAGGAAGCGGAAAGAGCAGAGAAACAACAAGUGAAAAAGUUGACACUUCAUAUUACCGAGAGACGAGAAAUGGAGGAGACAAUGACAGACAAAAGUAACCCCAUGCUCGUAAUCAAUUUCAAUCGGGACUCUAGAAGGAAAUAUCAACACCCCAAAGGUGCACCCGAUAUCGAUCUCAUUUUUGGUAACAAAUGAGUCGACGGAAAACUGAAAGAAUUAGUUGAUUCUGAUAAAUUUCCUUAAGAAAAUGAAGCAACAAAAUUUAUCGGCGAUCACUAAUUCAUUGGUAAUUUUACUCGAUAAACUGAUAAUGAUCCUGGUGAAUAAGUUAAUUCAUUAUCAACUAAACGCUGAAUCUGGAUGGAAAAAUGAAACAACCAAAUUUAAUAAACUCAAUUAUCAGCCAAACUCUCGGGCCAUCAAUCAACUUGGUUGUAAUCACCGUCGGUGUAAUUGCAAACAAUUAGAAUGGAUAAUUUUUCUUAGCAAAUCUUGGCUUCGUAAAUCAUAACCAAUUUAACAAACAAUUGGUCAAAUGGUUAACAAUUUGCGGAAGCAAAAAAUUAACAGCAAAAGAAUCAUUGAAACAAAAAUUCAUUUAUUUGUUCAAUAAUGAUAACAGACCUAAAUAAAUUAUCUCUUUUAGAUUUAAUUUAAAACCAAUAAUAAACAUAACAAUUAACGCUAUCA